AUGUCGGCGAGCGAAAUUGCCCAGGAGUCCCCGAGGAUGACAGAAUCUGGCAGCCAGCCACACAGGCGCAAGCAACUGAAUGGCAACCGCAUAAUUCAACACCUAGCCUAUCGGACCGUGAUGCGUUUGGUAGGUGCCAACUGUGUUAAGCAUGUAGCGGUCUAGCAACUACAUCCUAUAAAUACUGCAACACCUGGAUAAUUUACCAUCCCUUCUGAAUCUGUCUUUGAUGAUGGACUCGAGUGUGAAUCCGAAACGCCUGGUUAAUAAAGAUCUUGGUUCAGCGAUCGUGUCAUCUUCUUUGCGACUAUCUUUUGGGACUCGCCUCUCCUCUUCUAUUAGCAAAUUAUUAUCGCUCCAUCGUUCUUCUGUUCGUUGAGUGAAAAGUCUAGAGCGAAUUUUCGGCUUCAACACUCGCGCGCAGGUUUCUUGGGUGACCGCUAAGAUGAGGCGGAAGGUGCCACUGAAAUAUGUCCUCAAAGCUCAGUUCUUAUCCAAGAUCAUCUAUUAACCGGCAGAUUAAGGUCCAUUACCUCUCACGAUAGUAGUUUGAUGCGUGGUGCCGAGACUGGUAACGCCCAUGGGUCGGACCAUGUCCACGUUCGUAUAUGUUUACUUCCUUACCACCUUACCUCACACGUUCAUCUCUCAUCCGCGCCAAAAAUACCACGUUCCAGACUCCUCGAUGUCACAAAAGUCCAGCAAAGCAGCACUGUCGAGGCCCUGGGCAGAGAAAUCCGGUUCUGUUUUACUACCCGAGCCGACGGAGAAGGCAGUAACCAGUGGUCGUCACUGAAAACGUCGAUCUAUGGGGCAGCUGAGAAAAUCUUUGGAUAUACCCAGCAACGCUGUAGUGACUGGAUCAGCGGUCGAACCGUACAGUUUUCUGCUCAGACGGCUCGAGCCAGGUCCCGUUAAGAUGAUUCCUUCCGUCAACUUCGGAAGAUGACGUCAAAGUCGGCCAGGGAUGACGGGAAGCAAUAUUGGGCUAAAAUAGCGACCUUCGUGGAACAGCCUCGAAGGUUGGUAACGUUCGAGAACUCUCCCAACUUAUUCGCCAGGUUAGUAGUAAGCCCUGCGCACUGAUGUUCUUUGUUGGCGGCGUGAAUGACGGAUUUACUGCUGACAACUAGGUCAAAUUCGAGCGCUGGCGUGAGCACUUCGAGCACCAUGUCUAUUUCAGUACCCAACCCACCACGACCUUGGUCCCGUCUGCAGCGGAAUCUCUUCCCUUUCCAAACUAUGCAGUGUCAUGCGACCCCCUUCUGAAGGAAAAGUCGCCAAUGCCAUACGAAGGCUGCUCAACAACAAGUCAUCCGGUGAGGACGGUACACCUGCUAUGAUCUGCAAGUCUUAAUUUGACACAGGCGCUCUGGCUCCAAGAGGUAAUUGAACAAGCAUGGACAGACGAGGUUGUUCCUGAUGACUGGAGUUAAGGCAUCCUAUUAUCUAUCCUUAAGAAUGGAGAUAAGACAAGAUGUGAGAACUACCGCGACACAGGCCUCAUCAACUUUGUUGCGAAGGUGUCCGCUACUGUCCUUCUCAGGCGAUUCCCGACUGUGUGUGAUUCUAGGACGAGACCCAACCGAGCCGGAUUUCGUGCUGGACGGGGAUGUGCGAACCAGGUAUUCACAGUUAGGCGCAUUCUCGAAUUUCGUCAUGGCUACCAGUAACCGAUGACCGUCUGCAUUGUUGACUUUGACGUUGCGUUCAACUCCGUCCAUCGUAAGUCCCUGUGGCGGAUGAUGACACUAGAUAGUGAGCCACCAAAAAUUAUCGUCUUUUAUUGUUCCACCACCUCUUAAGUUCUGGCCCACAACAAUCUUUCCUAACCGUUUGGUAUUCGGUCUUGCGUUCAACAGGGUUGUUUCCUGUCACCCAUUCUGCUCAACUACUCUAUUGACUGGAUUAUCGGGAGGGCUCUACAGGACGGAGAUAUUGUUGAGUUUGCCCCUGGCAGCCAGCUGACUGAUCCCGAAUAUGCAGAUGAUAUCGCCUUACUUGUCUCAAGUUUUCGUGAUCUGCAGUCUAUGCUGUCACGGGUGAACAGGAUCCUCAAUCGGUCGGUUCAUCGAUAAACGUUGAGAGGACUAAAGUUUUUUAGCUGUAUUCCUGACCAGACGUGGGCAUCUCUCGAGAUGGAUUGCUGUCGACUUGAAGAAGUAAGCAGUUUUAAAUAUCUCUAGGCGAGACUGCUGCCGAAUGGCCAGAGUAAGGAUGACAUUGUCUCCGGAAUGGAUGCAGUCCGAGGGGUUUUAUUAAUCUCUAGAAAAUGUCCAUGGACCCGACGCGAACUCUCCAUCGCAACUAAGAUUCGUGUGUACCGUGCGUCUGUCCGGUCUGUCCUUCUUUGUGGUUGUGAAUUCUGGGCUCUGCUCGUGGAGGACGGAAACUGGAGGUAUUUGACCGCCACUGCUCGAGGACCAUCCUUAGAUUGAAGUACACCGACUUAUUCUCAAAUGAGACAGUCCUCACUCGCAACGACAAUAUCGCGAGCACUAUUUAGGCCAUCAUUAAAGGUGACUGAGGUGGUUCGUGCAUGUUCUUCGUCGUCCACCCUUGGAGCUCAGUGUUACUGCCCUCGAUCCGGCACCUUUACCCCAUUGGAGGCUUCGACGAGGGGGUCAACUCUAAACCUGGCUCGACACAGUUCGUCAUGACAUGGAGGUGGUUCUUGGACCUUCGGUAUUCGGUCUCCGUCGUUGGCAAAGAGAAUGAUUUGAACUGCCUGGAUCUGCUGCCGUGGACCGUCACGCAUGGAGACGUACAGUUCGGGACAUCAUAGAGGCCAGCUAGAUCGGGUGUGAUCGCAGUAGUACCAAGUACAAGUAUUACAGGUACAUACAAGCAUGAUUUGUUGGCGUCAUAAAAUUUAGUGACCUCUUCUUCAACUGCAUGAGGUCUGUACAUAUUAACAAGACAAGAUGUUCCGCUAGAAAAUUGCCUAAAGGGAUGAAACGUGGUAGGGAAAUAAAAGCAUGGAAGUCUGAUCUAACAAGCGAGUGGGCAUGGCGAGGAAGAGGGAAGUUGUCUAGGUCGGCGAUUUCAGGUUACAGCUAGGACCCCUCAAGCCUGAUUACAACCGCUCAUCACGGGACAGUAAUCAGUUAUGUCGGGCGAGGAAGUGGAGAAGGGAGAGAGAAUAGGGUUAUUUGUGUCAUUGAUCCUUACCGCUGCAGUGCCAAGUUGAUCACGUGGUCCAGCUGCUUACACAGUCCUGUCUCUUUCCUUCAUAAUGCAGUGACUUCUGCAAAGCACCAAAGACGUCCGGUUGUCGUACGAAAUAGAACCUUAAAUAUGAUUGUUGAACUUCCCGCAUGGCCAGUUUCUACCAGUCGUUUAACAAUUAAACUCUUAGGUACCUCAUUUUCCGCCCUCUGUAGCCAUGUUGGCAUAAGUUCAGCUGACUGAAUCGCUAAGUACCUUUCUGUGCGUCCAGUGUAUUUACAUUCGCGAUUACAUGUUAAUUCAUAGACACGGUUUUAUAAAACGUGCAUAGGCAGGAUGUCUUUAAUUGGUAUUACUGGAAAAGCCGUUGAAGUGCACAUGAACAACUAGUUAGAGGCGGCAUGCGUCCGUUCAAUUGUACAUGGAAGCCGUCGUUUUGGUCCCGUUUAAUACUUUUGCACUCUUGAUGCGAACAUUUAUUCUGGACUGUUUUGUCUGGAAUGGCGACACUUAUUGAUGAAUUUCUCCGGGUGUCCGUUUACGAAUAAGCGUCCUUCAGGAAUAGGACCUUUUCAUGGAUCAUAUCUGAGAGACAGAUCCUAGUGACUCUGUUGAACAGGCAUAGAACCAAAUUUUGUUUUCUUCGAAGUGGGAAGAAACUAACAAAAGUGCAUAUACUGUCCCUACCAGUUGAUUUUUCAGUAGACGAAUCUCUAGAUUCAGCCGUCUGUACGCCUGCAUAUAAGGAGGUCUAACACGGGCAGUAUGUCAUUUUUCUCUUUUCGGAUCGUGAAUUUCACCUUUGUAUAUGGCAUGUUCAGUAAUCUCCGCACUUGAGGAUGGGUACAAGGAUGCCCGAGUCCAGCAGUAAUUCCCCGUCUUUUGGGCUAUUGACUAGAGCAAGAAUGUUAUCUACAUAACGUCUAUAGAGUACGACUCUCUGUACGUGUUGGGCUAAUUUUCGGUCAAGUUUUGUAUGAGGGUGUCCGCUAAGGCGGGCCCCAAUGGACUGCUCUGAGCUACGCCGUCGAUUUUUGACACAAAUGUCACUGAACAAGAACUGUACGUUCGUAAUCCAUGUAUUCAGUGGCUCCCGCAAUCGCCCUGGCUACAGGCAUUGUUAAGUCAAGUGUUCCCAAAUUAUGACAACAGGUUCACUCAGCGGCACGUUAGUAAACAGGCUCCGAACGCAAAUCGGUAUCAUGUGUUUGUUUAGUAAAUUAGAAUCCGUCAGUUCAUCGAAGAAUUAGAAGAUAUCUGAUUUAGGCAGCAGGACUGUGUCUGAGUCGUUCAACUUAUUCAACUAACCACUUGGCGCGUUUACGCUGGGGUCAAUUCCCCAUUUUGUAAUUUUGGUAGACCGUAUGGUAUGGGAAAAGGGAACAUAUGGACCUACGAUAAUCAGCCAUUUUCUAGUCCACUAUUUAGUCUUUAGAUGACGACUUAACUUUCCUCCUUAAGAUCUUUCAAUAAAUUUGUUUUUUGUUUCUAAUGGUUUUCAGAUGAGAGGUCGCUGGGACCGCUGGGGGGCCUCUUCCAUCUUAAUCGCCUAAUCGGCAAUCGGAAGAAGAGGUCACGAAAUUCUUUGAUGUAAAUGAGUUCUGUAUGAUUCGCCGCCUUUGCUCUGCAUGAAUUUAUUCACAGAAAGCAAUGUUUCAAACGUCCAUUUUGCAGCGCACAGUACUCCUGUAGCAAUCCGCGCCUUCUAGCUCUCCAUCGUUUUGUCACGCUGCCCUCCUGUUCGCCUCACAUUCUCUGUCGGUUCGCUGCUGCUGGCCACAAGGCUUUGUAGACGCCGCGUCGUGCAGCGUUUGUUGAGGCUUGUAGUCUUGAAAUACUGCGGUAGGGGGUUUUGGCUCCAACGGGUGCUAAAGAUAUUACAUUUAGAAGUUGCGUUAUGUCUUCAUUUACACAGGCAAGGGACAGGGGCGGUGUAGAUGUCGUAAUAAACGAAUAGAUAGAAAAUGAUUUUGUACCGAAACGUAAAGAAAAUAGAGGGGAAAAUAAAACUCAGGUGGAUCUUACUCUGAUAGUAGGCAACGAGAUAUGCAAACGCUAACAACUCAGUAUUAUGUGCUAGACUCAAUGCAACAAUAGGAAAAACGUUUCUCUACGUAAAAUAAACGUCAUGAUAAGCAAAAUAGGAACAAAAGUACAGGAAUAGUUAGAUCGUAAGAGGAUAAACGAGAAUGGGGACUAAUCGGAAGGUCGUGGUGAGAAGCGUUAGUUUUUGCCCACGUAAUCACGGAUUCUGAAAGGAAAACCGGAACGAAAAAUCGCCGUUUAUAAUUCAGUAUAUAUGACGGAUAGAGUCAGAGCCUUAGAAAACCCUAUUUACAAUUAGGCGUAUGAAAAAACAUGCAGAUAUUUACAUAGCAGUUAUACCAGUCAUUGAUAUCAUGUAAAUGUUUGACCAUCAAGCAUAAAUUUAUCCAGUCUUGUUUUGAAAGUUUAUACGUUUUCCGCUAAGACAACAGAGUUCGGCAAUUUGUUCCAUCCCUCAACCAGCCGUUGGGAGAGGAAUUUGGCCCGCAAUUGUCCGUUAGAGCUCGUUCCUAGCUUCGCGAGCGCUCGAGGCCAAGCAACGCUGUCCAUUCUUUGAUUGACUGGCGACACUGAGACAGAGCGAAAGGCGCACACGCGCCGGGAUCUAAGCACCUCAACGGCGGACACGAAACAAAAACAACUUACUUGGUGAGACCUCUCGCUGCGACUACUUGCAGAGCCUUUGUGUACGCACUUCCUCAGUAGUAAAAGUUAUCCAACCCAAUCCGUCUUUCCUGACUUCUGAUACUGGAACCUCCGUCUUGUCGAACAUACCAUCCCGGCACUCCCAUGGUGUUUUGCCCAUUUGAUACAUCUCGAUGAAGGUUGCAGACUCUCCUAUGUCCAGGCACCGAUAUUCUUCAGCGAUGAUUCUAUGAUAAUUUGAGUGUCUUUCGGUUACUAUGUUAUCACACGGUAGUUUCAGCGGCAGUUGAUUGGACACCGAUGGAGGGCGGCACACGGUUGCACCCUUAAUUCUAAAAGUUAUCUCUUGGACCAGGUUUGCACUCGGUGCAGAUUGCUCUGAAAGGCUUUUAGGUCAUUACCGCAGUCAAGUUCCUGGGGGCUUUCAUUGACACAGUGAAUUCGAAAAUAGUGUCCUAGAAAAACUUCGAGGAACAACAUAAGUCACGUUCACCCAGCCUGAUUUACUGUCUCUGAUACACACGCGUAGUUUUCCACCAAACAGAAAUGUCCUUAUCCAGAUCAAAAGCUUAACACUGAUGUAAAGAGCGCCUAAUUCGCGGAGGAGAUGUUGAUAUGAGGCAUUAUUAAGACUUUCCAAAAUCGUUGUACACUACAGGUACUUCGGAGUCUUUUUCCAGAGCACUAGUCAAGACCUCCUUCAAAGUCAACGAAUUCAAGAAGCAGGAACUUUCUUGCUAAGAAUCAUGCUAAAUAUUCUGCAUGAUGCCAUUUUCAUCACAAAAAAUGCACUAAAGCCUGCCUUACAAGGAUUUCCAUGGUUUUACAAGAAAGAUAAGUCAAGCUGACUGGCUUCAAGGUGCUUGCAACCAUUUCCCUUUCACGGCAAAGGCAAGCACCCGGUAUUUGUUGACAACUCAAACAGGAAUAAAUGAGGCAUUGCCAUCUCUGCCAAUACAAUCUCAUUACAAAUUGUUUAGGACUGUCCGGCCGAACGAUAACUAAAAUUGGUGUUUACUGAGAAUCAAUCCGUCAAAUUAAAUGAGAGCCCAGGCAGUUCUUGAAGUCUCCCCUCUUUUAUGUACCACCAGGUAGACCGUAAUGAAUUGACUUUUAGCAGUCCUUCAUCUAUGCAUCCAGUUUUUUGCUACUGUCAACGAAAUUACUAGGAAAACUCCGUUCUAACGGUCUUUUUUUUAUCUUCCUUUAUCUGCCUUCUCAGGUGACUGGCUUGCAAAAUGUACCUAUAGAAGAUGUUAUAACUAAACUAGAAAGGAUAUAACUGGUUAGAUUAUUAAAAAAAAAACAAUCUAAGAAAGAAUGGGUGGCGGGUAAAGUGAACGGUUGAUGCAUAAGGGUCAACAUAUCUGGCCGAUUUUUCCCCUGUGUAUUAUCUACGGCUUUAGAAGAUAAGACUAGGAAAGAGAGUUGGGCUUGAGCAUGAGGAUUAGGUUCACAAAUGGGCUCUAAUUUUGGGGCCUGACCUUGCAAUUAGUGUGAUGAAAAGCUACUGUAGACCGCUCCCUUGCUAUGACUUACUCUCCCUGAUUGUACCUGAUGUAAUCCAUUGUAGAGACUCAGGAACCAGUGCCGGAUGAGGUUACAGAGAACGACUCUGAUUGAACGGUGGAGAAUUCCGGUAUUCUCGUGGAGUGCGUGGUCUGGUUCUCCGUUGCCUGGUCCAGUCCCAAAUGAGCCUUCCUUUAGCUUUUAGCAUUUUUUGUUGGUACGGUGCGCUGUCCGUUCGCUCAUUACAGUGGGACUGAGGGUUGAUAUGUGGGCAUGGGCGUGUGCGUGGGGGCUAGUGAUGUAAGGCAGGCUUAGUUCUAGGCGAUUUGUUAGGUAAUACGAUUAGGGGCAUACUUAUGGCUCAGGAGUUAGGGGCUAAUGCUAAACCCUGGUUUAGACUUCGAUGCAGAAUCAUGGGUUUACUGUUAUCAUUAGUUGAAGGGCUGCGGAUAGAUUUAAUUGUGAAAAGGGGGGGUUUAGACCAAGGAUUUAGGAUACAAACAAGCGGCUAACGCUGUGCGUUGAGACUGAGUCACAAAGACCUGUCGAAUCCUAUAAAAUAUGCCGUACUUAGUAAUAUAGGUUAUUAGUCAGCAGGUGGGAUAUAGUGAGCCCUCCAGCUCAGGACUAAGAGUUGGCGUCUAGCUUUCCGGCUUUACCUCAGUUAUAGGUUUGACAUUAAGAGUGAGCUGAUUUUGAAAACUCUGCAAAAUUAUCCUUUAUUUAAGUGAACUAUUACUCGAUUUUUGCAUUCAGAAAAGCUUCCUCAAAUUUUGGGUUCUGAAUCCACUGAUCGACUCUACCGUAGCGAUGGCGUUUGUGGUCUCUGAACGCUAUGGCCGGUCUCACCAGCUGUUCCUCAACGCCUCUUCUUUGACUAUCCCCAACUUCAUGAAAGGAAUUGACGUCCGAUAAUCUCCGAUACCGUGCAACCCCCUCCCCCCAUUCUUGACGGUCGAAAAUCUACCGCCAGCAGUUUUUUUCUCCUGAACCCUCCAAACCAUAAAAACCACCAUCAACUUUAUGCUUAAUCUUCAGGAGUUUUUUUCACUGCUGAUCGGAUUUGUGUUUAAUCGCCUCCCUUGUCAAUGCCUGUAAAUUGACAUUAAAUAAUAAAUUAAAUUAAAUUAAAUUGCGACGAGUCUUGGUCUGAAUUAAAUAUAACAGAAUAGGCGUCAAUGGUUUGGGAGUGAGCAGUAGAAUUUGGCUCAAGUUUCUGACAGUAUGUUGGUGUUUUGAGUUUGGCCUAGAAUUAAGUUUUAGCUCUAGUGGUUGCAAUUACUCCGAUAGCACAUCCCCGUCAAAGGAAUGGGACCAAAAUGGUGUCACAGGGACCAUGUACAGUCCAAGGGUCGUUAUUCAUUUAUUUUUUAGCCCGGUAAUUCAGCAAUACUAAAAUUUUGGAAGUGCACACACAGCGAAUCAGCCCAUAACAGUAAUUGUACAAGUAAACUGCCUCCCGUUAUCUGUUUUCAGAGGACUAUGUUGUGGUUGGACGUUCGUCGAAAUCCCACAUGCUGGCCUUGUUUUUCCGACCUGUCCAUACGGCGUAGGUAACUAACGGCAUUCCAACAGAUGUACCAAUUCACUCCAAUCGUCCGAAAACAAGUAGCAGUGAGUAUUCGGCUUGCAAAAUUGCUCCUAAGAGAAGAUCUACAAAAGAAACCUAUCCAUACCAACGAUAAUGCAGAAAACUCACAAAAUUUUCGAAUAUUUACGUCAGAAAUUAAAUUUCAACUUUAUCCAUAGGAGGUGGCUAUGUUAUUAGCAGGGUAGGGGUAAUGUUAGAGACUGGAAGAAUAGCGGCGGGGGGAGUCAAAGUUAAUAUUUGGGUAUGCCAUUGAGCAUUAAAGAUUUAAGUUACAAAUACAACCGCAGAUUUGGUUCAGGGAGAGUGAUUUGGGGGGUGGGGGGUCAGCAUUAGAGGCUGGGGCUAACUGCAAGUGUUAAGCUUAGGAUUACGACGUCAUGGUUGACAAUUGACUAAGUCUUGCGUGAGCGGUUGACAGUGGGGCCGCGGUUAGACUGUAAGUCUAGAUUUGGGGAUGGGUGUCUCCUUUUAUCUCUUGCUUCAAACCUAAGUUUUAUGUUGAGGGUUAUCGUACGGCUUAAUAUAAACGCUUUGGCGAAGCUUGGAAUUAAUGAAAUUUCAGACACUUACGGAAAUGUAAAGAGUUGAUCAGAGUUCUUCGAGUCAAAUCUCAGGAUAAGGGAGGCAUACUUUGUUAUCCUUAGCAACAGAAUCACUUAAUAAUCUGUAGGUGAACAACCACGUUGAGACAUGCAGGACGAAGGCACUGGCAUUUACUGAUGGUGCUAAACUUGUCACAAGAUUGGUGGCAUGUUCCCACAGUAUAGGAAUCCAUUAUUUUAUUCGGCGCGUUCUCGGAAAUGUUGAUGUCAUUCUGCAAUGUUGGCCUCGAAAGAUUAACGCAUUAAUCUCGAGCACCACACUCUCCUGUGGAAAGUCCCGAAUUUUGCUAGACUGUAUUUCGGGCGAAAAAGUCAAAAUGCCAGGCUCUUGAGACGUAAGCGUUCCAGUCACCACGUUUUGUCCGACUUUCCAUUCUUCCAUGUAGGAUUUAAACAAAAGUUAAUGUCCAUGUAGAUAAAAUAAUCACGGGCUAGGUUCGGACCUUAGUUUGUUUGCAAACUCGUACACCGUUCGGCCUUUUCUCCUGCACCGUCUUGAUUUCUAUAAGCCACAAUCGAUUGUGGCUUCAGGGAUCCGCAUUACCGUCAGACAGUCUAAUAUGGCCAGAGUUAGGGGCAAAAACGACAAUUAUAAGGUGUCCUCCUGCGCAUUUUUUUUCUAUGGGGGGGGGGGGGCACAUCGGGGAUUUGCCCCGCCAUAGCCCCCUCUCCAGCCCCCUCGUAGCCCCCUCUGGCCCCGCCAUAGCCCCCGCAUGAGGCGGGGCCAUUCGGGGGCCAGAGGGGGCUGGUGCUGGCAGGGUCGUUAACAUUUUGAAAUUGGAAACUCAGUUUUUUGGCCGCAGGUCACAGUGGCAAGUAGCCUAUUAAAUACAAAACAGUCACGGCACCGCCGUACACUUCGCGACCUAUCGAAAGAAGAUCAUGGUCGAACUUCGCACAAAAAUCCUUAUAGCGCACAGGUCGGUCAUUCUGCAUCUACAAAAGUACAGUCCGCUUAAGAAACGACUGUUGUUAAAAAGAGAACAUCAUUCGGUUUACAAAUUACUUUAUUAUCUAAGAAAUAUCUUAUGUUAUGGAAAGCCAUAAAACCAAAUGACGACUUUAUGAAAGGUUACUUGUUUAAGGCCUAAUGUUACUGACGACAGAGAAGGAAAAUACGAUACUACGAGAAAACAAUGAAAAACAUCAACAAACGCAACAUAACAAUACUUCGUUAAUUGUCCUUUCGCACGCAAAAUAGCCAUAUGUCGCAGGGACAUAUAAAAUACCAAGCCAUCUACAGUGGACUGGUCUAUAGAAUAAUUAAACACAAAGUCCGUGUUUCAUUGCCUUAUCCGGAUUUCUUUUGGCUAACGCAAAAGGACUUUCGGUCGGAUUGAGUUCGGGGCUGUUAGUGGGAAUGAAAAUACAUCGCAGACCGCAGAGUGAUAUGCUGGUUGCGGUCUAAAAACUGGAUUUUUGUCUUAAGCUAGCUUAGAGUAAUGCUUUAUUUGAGCUGUGAACAUGAGCACUAUCCUGCAAUGUUACGAUCCUCAUCCAACCUCUGUGACUGUCGCCGCAAUCAAAGGCAUUUGUUGCAAAGUCGAUGAACACCUUUCUAUUGGUGGUCUCCGUUGUUGACUGUCAGACUGCUCGCCCUUCGAAUUUGAUGGCCAUCCAAACCGUCAUACGUUGGUAGUUCUUAAAAGUUGCUGUCGUCAAUGUGCUAUCCCCGAGUUUGGUCUUUUAGUUCUUGAUGGGUUGCCGUUUCCUGGCUAAGAAACAACUCAGAACUUUUAUCGUCGCUGACCUCUCUCUCAUUUUAUUAUCACACUUUUGUCGUGUACCAUCAACUCAAAGUCGUCCGACUGAUUUAUUUUCCCAAAAUUUUACGGCGUUUAAUUUAUUGCAGAUAAUUCUAUAACUAUACCUUGUGAUGUUUAUUCUCUACUAGAACUGUCGUCCAGUCAGAGGUGGAUUAG